GCUCUCACAACUUGAAACUUCACGGCGUGCGGCAGACCUGACGAGCGAGCCGGCAGAAAAUCAUACGAGAAAUCUAAAAUAAAAUCUAGAAUCAACACCCAAGUGAAAGAUGGCCGGCAUUGUGGAGCUGCUCAGCCUUAAUAACCCAGUAUUCAAGAGCUAUGUGUUUUGGACCGGCGUUCUGGUCAUCAAAAUGCUGCUCAUGAGCCUCCUCACGGGCCUGCAGCGUUUCAAGACGAAGACCUUUGCCAAUCCCGAGGACUUGAUGUCGCCCAAGCUGAAGGUCAAAUUCGACGAUCCCAAUGUGGAGCGUGUGCGCCGCGCCCACCGCAAUGAUCUGGAGAACAUUGUGCCCUUUUUCAUCAUUGGCCUGCUCUACACGCUGACGAACCCCAGCGUCUUCCUGGCCGUCAAUCUCUUCCGCGCCGUGGGCAUUGCCCGCAUUGUCCACACCAUCGUCUAUGCCGUGGUUGUGUUGCCCCAGCCAUCGCGCGCCCUGUCCUUCUUUGUGGCCCUCGGUGCCACAGUGUACAUGGCACUGCAAGUCAUUGCGGCGGCUGCCUUUUAAUUGUUAGAUUUAAAAACAGCUAAUUGUACAUUUUUUUUUUAUACAUAAAUUCAUAUGUAAACGUAGGUGCAGCACCACGACACGUACAUAUGUACAUACA